UUGAAGCUUCUGCGACAAUCAGGUGAAAUGCUCCACAGAAGGCGGUUAAAAUCCAGAAUCAGGUUUGAAUGGCAGGAGUUUGAAAUAGAGCUCCAAUCCAAGCUCUACAGCUUGACAGAAGAUGAAGUUGAGUCGAGUAACAUCCCUGGUCUGCCAGUUUUACCCGAACAACACAACUCCCGGACGUCUGCUGAGGGAAAUAAAGGGGAGCUUUCCACGGAGCAGUGUGUGGAAGAUAUUAAAGGUGACUCACUGGACACCAGCAUCAUUGAGGAUGACGACAGCAUAAUCUGUGCAUUUAAGAACAAGGUGCUAACAAGUGAGGCUCAAUCUGGUAGUGAAUUAUCUGCAGCCAGCGGCAACACCAUCGUAGAAGAGUGUAAGAUCAGCACUGCGGAUCAGUGCAUCUCUGCAGUGCCUUGUGUUUCUUCAUACGGCAUCAUGGCGGGUGCACCAUUCACCGAGCAUUCGUCAGCCUUCACCCAAACUGAAGAGCUUCUCACAGCCGACAAGAACAUGCUUACUGAACUGCACAUGUCUGACCUCGACUAUGUCGCUCAGGAAUUUAACAAACUAAAGGUGGCCCAGGAGGUGAGAAGCAAAAAAGAGAAGAGUCUGUAUCACCGCCAGGAAAAGCAAUGCGACAAUUUAGGAUGUGCUCAGAAGGCGGAGCUAAGUGUGCUGGCCCUGCAGUACCACAUGUGCCGACAGCACAUUUGCCAGCACGGAAACGUCAGUCAUAAACUGUCAUCUGAGUCUCCAGCCAGUAUUACGAAUGAUCUCCAAAAACUGGAAUCUGACUACAAUCAGAUGAGAGAUGAGAUCCUGGCAGGGAUUCCUCUGGAUCAUCUCAAGCCGUUGACUUUAGACUGUGAAGGGAACAUAGAUAAAGUGUUGGAAAAUCCGGGGUCUGGGGUGACAUGCAUGGAGGAAGCACAACAAGGCAGAACAUUAUUAGAGUGCAGCCAGGAUGCUCAGAGAAUGUCCAGGAGCACCAGCACCACCUGUAAAGUGAACACUCCUGAAGAAAACCACUCAACAGGUGCAUGCAAAGAGCUGAACACGGGUGAGGUGUGGUACGAUGCCAAGGAAGACAUUCAUCCAGCUUCUAUACCUGCUAUGGUGGAAGAACAGCCAGAAGACAUGUCAAAAGCAAACACAGAAUUGGCCAACGAGACGAAAAUGGCUCCUGGACUUGGUGUCCCUAAAAUUACCAACAAUGCGACUGAGGCGACCACCCAAAAACGUUUGGGGGUCAGCAGCACACCCACGGCAAGAGCAACCUUUGUGCCCCAGCACUACGGCACCACAGCUGCAUUCGACACACUGAUGAAUGAGCUGACACACAUCCACCCAGGUGUGGCAAGGCAGAGCAUUGUGGGCGCUUUGAAGGAGCUGUGGGACAUUUACCAAAGUGAUCUCUGGACUCUGCCCCUCAACAUUAUCAGGAAAAUAGCAUCUGAUCUCCUUAACAGGCGAGUGAAUGUGACGCCACCUUGAGAAAAUGUUUUGUUGACCAAAAAAAACGACAUUCAUGUUUGGCCUUUGAAAGUCAUGAUACACCGACAAGGUUUGGAAUUUACGACUUGGUUACUAAUUUGCUAUAAGUUUUGCAUUGAUACCUUCAGGUUGUCAGAUUUGUGCUAUCGUGACGGUUUUUGUUUUCAGUAGUUUCCGCU